UACAAAGCAGUAGAUGCCAGUCCACUCUCAGUGACCUCCGAAUGGCGACAAUGUCCAUACUCCAUUGUCUAUCCUCUGCCAGAGCUCCAAAAGAAGACGCAUAUACAAAUGGGAUUCCAAUCCAAGGUCACUGCAAACCUAGGACUAGGAGCAAGCGACUCCCGAAAGCGAAGGCGACGUUGACUGCCGCCGGCCCGUCACCGCCACCGCCAUUAACAGUCAGCUUCCAGAGCUCGUCGAAAGGGUCAAACACCAUCCAUGGAGCUCGCCGCGCUGCUCCUGCUCCUCCCCUUCCUCCUCGCCGGCCUCCUCUGCCUCGGGAAGAAGGACGGCGGGGCCGAUGCGCGGCGCCUCCCUCCGGCUCCUUGCGGCCUGCCCGUCAUCGGCAACCUGCACCAGGUGGGCGCGCUCCCACACCGCGCCCUGCGCGCGCUCGCCGCCGCCCACGGCGCGCCCGACCUCCUGCGGCUCCGCCUCGGCCAGGUCCCCGCGCUGGUCGCCUCCUCCCCGGCCGCGGCCGCCGAGCUCAUGCGGGCGCACGACCACGCCUUCGCCACGCGCCCCUACUUCCGCACCGCCGAGAUCCUCACCUACGGCUUCCGGGACCUCGUCUUCGCGCCCCACGGCGAGCACUGGCGCCACGUCCGCCGGCUCUGCUCCGAGCACGUCCUCAGCGCCGCCCGGUCGCGCCGCCACAGCGCCAUGCGAGAGCGGGAGGUGGCCGCCCUCGUCCAGGCCGUCGCCGACCGCGCCGCUUCUUCUUCUUCUUCCGCCGCCGCCGUGGUCGACGUGAGCGGGGCGCUGUACCGGUUCGCGAACGACGUGAUCUGCCGGGUGGUCUCGGGGGCUAGGCUGUCGAGAGAGGAGGAGGGAGGAGGAGGGAGGAGCGAGCUGUUCAGGGAGCUGAUCGAGGAGAACACGGCGCUGCUGGGCGGGUUCUGCGUCGGCGACUACUUCCCGGCGCUGGCGUGGGCGGACGCGCUGCUGUCCGGCGGCGGCGCGAGGGCGUGGAGGAACUUCAGGCGGUGGGACGAGCUGCUGGAAAAGGUGGUCGUUGAAUACGAGGGGGCGAGGAGCGGUGCCGGCAUGGAGGAGGAGGACUUCGUGGACGUGCUGCUGGCACUGCGGGAGGACGGGCACGGGCACGGGCAGGACGGGUUCGAGCUGAGCAGGGACAUCAUCAAGUCGCUAUUGGCGCUCCAUCGACUGGGAGGGCGACGCUUCUGGAUUUGGGAGGGCGGUAGGGCUAGCGGCGCAGGGCGUUGGGCGACGGGGCCUAUCCAGCGCGAUGGCCGACGUCGACUCCAGCAGGACAUGUUCGCGGCGGGAACGGAAACGACAUACAUCGCGCUGGAAUGGGCCAUGUCGGAGCUGAUGAGGAACCCCGCGGCGAUGCGGAGGCUACAGCAGGAGGUGCGCAGCGCCGCCGCCGCCGCAUCGGCCGGCGGCAUCGCCAAGGCCGACGCGCUCGGCGCGGCCACGGCGCCCUACCUGAAGGCGGUCGUGAAGGAGACGCUCCGCCUCCACCCGCCGGUGCCGCUGCUCCUGCCCCGCGACUGCAUGCAGGACGCCGCCGUGCUGGGCUACCACGUCGCCGAGGGCACGCGGGUGUUCGUCAACGCCUGGGCCAUCAACCGCGACCCAGGCUCCUGGCACGCGCCCGAAGAAUUCCUCCCCGAAAGGUUCUUGGAGAGCGAGGUGGACUUCAGGGGCGGGCACUUCGAGUUCAUACCCUUCGGGGCCGGGCGGAGGAUCUGCCCCGGGAUGCAGUUCGGGCUGGCGACCGUGGAGCUCGCGCUCGCCAACCUGGUGCGCCUGUUCGACUGGGAGCUGCCGGACGGCAUGGCGCCGGAGGAGCUCGACAUGUCGGACGCGCCCGGGCUGACCACGCCAAGGCGGGUGGGCCUCCGGCUCGUCGCGAGGCCCGUUCGAGUGGGAUCAUGAAACAGGACUAGGCCCAGCAAGCAACGUGCAAAACUAGAGUUCAUGAAUGAAUCAAGAACACCCUCUCGCUAGGGUUUUUCCUCCCGGAGGCGAUUUUAUCGCCGCCGUCGAGAUCUUUGCUUCCCUCCUCUGAUCCCCCUCGGUUGUUGGUUCGGGCUGAUCACGGGGCGAUCUGGUAUCGCUGCUCGGCCUUGAUCGACACCUAGGGGUGAGAGGAGAGUUAGGGUUGGUUCGCAAGGUCCGAUCUGUUUUUCGGACUAGGGUUCAAGAUUGGCUGCGGGAUGAGAUCCAAGGCGGAUAAGGCGUCUGGGUCAAACACCGCAUCGGAGGUGGAGAAGAUGAUGGCUGAGUUAGGGCUUCAUGAGGAGGACCUCGACGAUGUCGUCUUUGAUGAAAAGCAAGCGCCACCAGCAGCUGUGAGAUGGAUGGCGGUGGCCAGGGUUCACAUCGACAAGCCGUACAGUCAAUACUGAUUCUUCAAGAACAUGCGUGCUGCCUGGGACUUGGCCCAUGAUGUGAAGUUUCGCCCUUUGGAGGACAACCUCUAUACUAUGCAAUUUUUCUGUUUAGGUGACUGGGAACGCGUGAUGCAGGAUGGCCCGUGGAAUUUCAGAGGUAAUGUGGUGGUGAUCGAGCCAUAUGAUGGAAUCACAAAACCCACUGAAGUCGCCCUAGACACCAUCAAUAUAUGGAUUUAGAUCCAUGAUGUCCUAGACCUGUAUGCACAUCUUGUUAAUCCACUUGCAGCAAGGGUUGGCGAAGUCUUGUUCUCGGAGCCAAUCACGCAAGAUUUUGCUGGCAACUUCUACCGCGUGUGGGUAAAGAUCAAUGUACACAAGCCCCUAAAAAAUGCUGUGUCCAUGAUCCGAGACGGGAAAAGGCAGAUAUACCGCGUGAGAUACGAACUCCUCCCCGACUGGUGCGCGGUC